AUGGCACCUCAUGGAGAGACUAACGUUCGAAACCUUAGCAAACCACCUCGUCUCUCUAACGACGGCCUAAAAAGGACGAUGUCUGAAAUUACAUACGAGUGGAUGAAGAAUGAUGCAAUUAUCGAUGAAAACCUCCCUCCAGUACUGUCUGAGGUAGAAAGCGCGAAAUGUGAGUGUUGUGGCAUGAGUGAUGACUACACAUCUGAAUAUAUCGAUCAAAUUCGAAAAAGAUAUUUAGGCAAGUGGAUAUGUGGGCUUUGUGCUGAUGCAGUAAAAGAAGAGGCCCAAAAGAAUGGAGGAAAAAAUGAAGAAGCAUUAACUACUCAUAUGAGUGCUUGUAGCAAAUUUAACAAAUUUGGUAGGGCUUAUCCAGUACUUAAUCAAGCUGAGGCAAUGAGACAAAUGUUGAAGAAAAAUACAAAGGGAGUUAUGAGGGCAAAAUCAAUUAGUCCAAGGGAAAGAAUUAUGCAAAAGAAGAGUGGUGGACUUGCUAGAACUAAUAGUUGCAUCCCUGCCAUUACUAAAGAAAUGAGUGACCUUAAUAUAGUAACCUGA